AAUUUGCAUGUAGUUCAGUGAAAUGAUGCUGAUUUAGAAAAUAAUAGAUUAGAUUAUAUUUGGAUAGGUGCCCAUUACGGUUGCGCUACCUUAAUAUAAAUAAUGUUUCUGUAUUGUUAGAUCUAAGAAUUCUCCUUAUUGGACUACCUGGCCAUGGAAAAAGUGCUACAGGAAACUCACUUCUGGGAAAAAGCUUGUUUACUGAAAAUGCUUCAACAGUGGGGAAUGCAUGCAUAGAAAUACAGAUUGGGGAAAGCAAUGGUCGUAAAAUAAAGGUUGUGGAAUUCCCAGUGAAGGAUACCUCAAGCCAAUCAGACACAUAUUUGAAAGAGCAACUCUUACAAGCAGAGAAAGCAUUGCAACCUGGAUUUCAUGCAGUUUGUUUUGUAAUUGAUCCACAAAGAAUUGCAGAUGUGAAAGAUCAAUUCCAACCAAUCAUAGCAUACUUUGGAGACAAAGCUAGUUAUUUUGCUUUUGUUAUCAUAACUUUUAUUAAGCAUGAAGAAGAACUUGAAACGCUCUUUCCUAACAACCUUGAGAUGCAACAUCCAGCAGUUACACCUGUUUUCAAGUUUUGCAAAGAUAAAGAAAUGUACAUAGACAAUAAAGUCUCAAACACAGAAAAGGAUGAAAUUAUUAAAGAUAUGUUAAUAAUCAUUGACAGUGAAAGUGCUAAACAAAAAUGUACCUGCUUCAGCUCCGAUACUAAACAACAAUUAGAUAAAGCAGAAGUUCAAGAACAGAUUAAAGCUAAAGCUGCUGAAGACAAAAGGAUUGCUCAAGCUGCAAGAGAUGCUGAAAUUGCUAGAACUGCUAAAGCUGUUGAAACUGCCAGAGCUGCUGAGGCCGCUAAACAUCAACAAGCUCUCCAAGCUGCCGCUGUAAGAACUGCCCAAGCUGAAAAAGCUGCUGCUGCUGCAAAAGCUACUGCUGAAGCUACAAGAAAAGAGGCAGAAGCUGUGAGAGCUGCUGCUGCUGCUGCUGAAGCUACACGAAAACAGGCCGAAGCUUACAGACAAGCUCAAGCUGACAGACAAGCUCAAGCUGAAAGAGAAGCCAAAGCUGAAAGAGAAGCUGAAGCUGAAAGAAAAGCCGAAGCUGAAAGAGAAGCAGAAGCUGAAAGAGAAGCAGAAGCUGAAAGAGAAGCAGAAGCUGAAAGAGAAGCAGAAGCUGAAAGAGAAGCAGAAGCUGAAAGAGAAGCAGAAUAUCAAGAGAGACUUGCAGCAUAUCACGCAGCUAUUGAACAACACAAAAAGGAAAUUGAACAAAACUCAUGGUGCCUUAUUUUGUAA